UAGUUUGAUUUCUGGAAACAAAUUCAACCUAACCAAACACAUUGCUAAAUUUGUUUAAAAAAGAAAUGACUGUUCCAGUUUUGACAGGUUGUUUAAAUCAUCUUAAGAUAGAGGUUAUUGCAAGUCUUAUUGCGAAGAGCAUUAAUGAAGAUAGACCAACUACUCUCAACAAUCCUAAGGCAGGCGAAGUUUAUGUUAUACAAGUGAAUCAUGGAAAAGACGAUUGGCGGGCAGAUGGGUAUAGGUGGAAGCAAAAUGGCUGCAGUAAAAUUCCUCGGGGUUCGCCACUUUACACAAAGAUCCAUUUUGCUACUGUUACAUCAACAGGAAUUUCAAAUGAUUUCCAGAAGUUUGUGUACUGUGAUCUGAGUCGGACAGAUCUUGUUGUUAUCCAUUACAUUGGUAACCACAACCUUGCAGUUUUAGUUCCACAUGAUAAUUCCAGAAAACCAAUCAAGUUCUUACCAACAGCUUCAUCUGUGCUAGAUGCAAUUGCUGAUUCCCACAGUUACAAGGAACUUCUUCUUGAUUGCAAGGAUAGCCAGGUCCAAUUUCAACCAAGAAAUUCAAGGCAGUUUAAGUACGUUCGUAGUGUAAAAGCCGCUAGUAUGAAACUAGGCACUGAGCCUUUUUUAACAUUACAUGAACUGGCAUAUAUGAUUCCAGGCUUUGUGUGGUCCAUAUCCACUUAUCCUGAUUUGUUGGUUUCGUUUGGCAUGCAAAAUUUAAUCAGUCAACUUGUCAUGUGCUCUCAAAUUUUUUUUUCAUAUGAUACAACAUUUAAUUUAGGUGAUUUUUAUUUAUCAAUUCUAGUGGCUAAAUUAAGUUGUUUUGUUGAGAAGCCUUGCAUGCCUGUAGCAUUUGUUUUACAUGACAGGAAGUUUGAUAGUGUGCAUAAAAGUUUUUUUAAAUCUUUAAAAAAAAAAUUACCAGUUCUUAAUCAGGUUGUGAUUGUGACUGACGGAGAGAGUGGAAUUGGCAAAGCAAUAAAAAAAGUGUUACCAAAAUGGAAUCUGGUAUCUUGCUCCAAUCACAUUUUGUCUGAUAUUGAGGUUUGGUUAAAAAAACACAGUGCUUGUCAUGCAGAAAUAACUGUUUAUAAAUCUCAAAUGCAGGAACUUCUCAUAUGUGAAAGUGAAAUUUGUUUAAAAGUAAAAAUUGAUACAUUGAGACCUUCAUGGAGCGAAGCAUUCUCAAUUUAUUUUUCAGAUCACUUACACUCACGUAUUUUAAUAUCUUAUAUUGGUCACCUCAGGUUCGUUGGUUUAACAGAUAAUAUAAUUACAAAUAAUGUAUCAGAAUCACUAAAUGCUGUCAUUAAAAGGUUUCAGGAUUGGAAAGAAGCGCCUGUUGAUUCGAUGGUUGUUGCAAUGCAUCGCCUUCAGACCUUCUAUUUGACAGAAAUUAAGCGGAGUUGUAGUGGUUUUGGACCCUACACUCUCGUUGACAGCAGUCUCCUAAUCAAAAAUGCAGAUGACAUACCAAAAGUAGAGAGUCCAGAGCUUGUUAUUGCGGAGCUGCAAGCAGCUGCCAAUAUACCAAUACAGCAAUUCAUACCUCCGUCAAUAUGUGUGCUUUCUAACACAUUUAAUGUUGUACAUGUUCCAAGCCUUAAAGUUUUUACAGUCUCUGCCCCUGAUGGAAAUGCGCAUGUUGUGAAGCUGUAUCCAAAGGAAAACUGCACGUGUCCUUCUUCAACAAUGUGUUGUCACAUACUGGCUGUUAAGCGCAGCAUUGGAGUUGAAUGUAGUGAACGAAAGAUCAUAAAUUUGACCAAAUUGCGGCGUAACUCACGGUAAAUUUAAUUACUCUGAGGUGCCUAAUAAAAGAAUAAUCCUAAUAAACAGGGAAAAAAUUAGAAAAAUAAGAGAAGAGUCUACAAUAUUAUUAAACAUGAGACAGUCUAAAUAAGGUCUGGGCAAAUGGGGUAAAAAUUUAAAUAUUUAAUAUUUGGCAUCUCCGAGAGCAA